UCCAUGGUACUAUAACAGAAUCCUUUAUCUUCCGUAGAAGGUCAGCUUCCUUCUUAGCUGUCCGUUGAUGGUAGAAGUGAUAUUUCUAGAAAUAUUCGGCUUUUUGCAUUCAGUAGAUAUUCUUAUAUAGUUACGAGUUAAUGAUAUAGAUUUAAUAAUAUACCGAUAUACGUGCGUAACAAGUAAAGAUGUUCAGCUUGAUAUAAAAUACAGUACAAAUAUGGGCUCAAUUUUAAAUAGUUGUACAUUAUUGUAUUGCAGAACCUAGUGGUGUGCAACGUUUUAAGUAAUUUUGUUAAAACUUCCAGUGAAUUAUACACACACAUAAGAUAUAUAUAUAUAUACAUAUAUAUAUAUAUAUAUAUAUCUUUAUACUGUGAUAGUCAUAACUGUAUGAUUAAAAAAAAUAAUCGUUUUAUUUUAUAAAUUUACAAAAUAUCAAUUAUUAUUGAUAAUGUUUGAGUGGGCUUAUGAUGGUGUUAACAGUUCUAUACCAAGGAAUGUUGGUCCAGAAUGUGCAUAUUACUUAAGUACAAAAAGAAAAAUAAUUGAAACAGCUUUUGUAUCUAUAUUUAUUAUAUCAUUUUGGGUAUGGGGUUUUAAAAAAAUAACAUUACCGAAGAGAUUACCAUAUAUUAAUCAAGAUAGACUUGGUAAAAAAGUUUUAUUAAUUAUUAUGUCUAUGGUCCUGGGUGUAGAAAUUGGUUUUAAAUUUACAAGUCGUACCAUUAUUUAUUUGUUAAAUCCUUGUCAUAUUACUACUGCUAUGCAGAUAUAUCUAUUAGCAGCAGAUCCAAGUCCUAUGGUAACAAGUAUCUUCCGAAUACAUAUGAAUCUUAUGAAUGGUCCUGUGCUGGCAUUUUUAUUCCCAGAAACAGAAUCUCGAAGAAUAUUUCCAGAUAAAGCGGUAUACUAUAUUCAACAUGGUUUAAUGUUAGUAAUACCUUAUUACUUAUUAAGAAUUGGAGGAGUAUAUAAUGUUGAACCUUUGUCAGAUUUGAACUGGUCAAUUUUAAGUUAUGGUUUUAAUCUAGCAUACCAUUUCUGGAUUUUGCAACUUAUUGCUUUGCCUGUACAAGUGAAUCUCAGCCAUAUGUUAUGUUCAGCAGUCUUAGAUCCAUUUGAGGGACAAAAUUAUAGAAUGGGCGCAUUUGUACAUCAGGGAUUAUUGUGCCCUUUUUUGUCUAAAUUAUUAUGCUAUUUAUAUGAUUAUUUGUUGACUAAAUGUCCUAUAACAAAAGUUAAGCCAUCUCUUGAAGUUGCAUUAUCAAGGAGAAAGUAUGAAGAUGGAAAUAAUAAACAAGUGUCAAAUAAAUUAGAAAAUGGACAUACUCACUUAGAGUAGUUGAAUCUCUAAAAUUUAAUGUAAUUCAUAUAUACGAAUCUUUUGUAAUAACAAAAGUAGUAUUUCCUGGUCAUGUAAUAAUUAGUGAUAACAAAUGAUCUUUGUGUGAUCUUAGUGAUACACAAUGUAUAUGUAUUUAAGUAGCAUGCCUAUUAAUUUUUCAAAUAUUCAUAUUUGUUUUAAGUACUUAUGAAGAAUUAUGCAUAAAUACUAAUCAUAAUAGGAAUUAAUUAAGGAAAGAAUACGGCAGCAAUAAAGGUAGAUAGUACAUUAAUGUUUCAAGAGCUUUUUUAUAAUUAUAGCAUUAUUGAUGACAUAAGAAGAAAAUUUACAAACUAAAAUAUUUCUAUACUAAAUAUAAAUGAAUAAAUUACUUUUAAAAAAGAUGUUUUAUUAGAAAUAUACCGUAAAUAAAGCAAAUUGAUAUCGUAUAAAGAACUAUAUCAAAUAUUAACAGUACCAUAAAGUAUAAUUAUAUAAAAAAAGGACAUAAUGUCUUUAAAGAUCUUCUAUUUUUGACAGCUGUUCUUUAAUGAUUUAUUUUACAUAAUUUAUUUACUUUUCAAUAUUCAGGUUUAAAUGAUAUAUUAUAAAGAAUGAUAAUGUAUAGUAGCAUAAUAGCAUGAUUACAAAAAAAAAAAAAAAAAAAAAAAUCUGUUACAAUAUUGUUAAAAUUUAUAAAUACACUUUUAUGGCCUGAAUUUAUUAUGAUGGCCUCUAAUGUACUUCUGCUAGAGAGAGAUGCAAAUGAGUAGAUAAUGUGUGUUUAUAUAUUAUAUUUUAUAUUUAAAUUAAACUUUUUUUAGUGUACUGUUCUAAGGUAGGAAUAUCUACAAAAUGGGAUAUCUAAAAAACAUAAUUUCAAAAAUCAGUUAUCUGGGUGUUAUAUAAAUAGUAUAAAAACAGAAAUAUGAGAGAUUAUUAGUAAUUAUAUCCUAUAUGAAUGUAAAGAUAAAAUAAACUGAUUCAGUGGGAUAGCUGUAUUAUUUUUUCUUAUAA